GCGAAUCACACUGGGGAGACAAGGAUAGUCGCAUGGUAUUUUGGGCCAAAGGUUGCAAGAUCGAAGGAGCCUUAGGCCUCGGAAUGGUCAGUCAAACAAGCCCAGAUCCCGAGCAGUGGGUAUGGAGCGCGUACCGUGUCAUGGACGUGAGGGUCGAUGUUCAGAUGGCGCUGAGGAUCGCGAAAGAGACAUUCGAGAGGUUGUGAGACAGAGAGAGGUCGUCGAAGGUGGUGGUCUAUUCGAGCUCGAGGGAAGCCCUCAUGAGGAUUCAGUGGGGGGACUUUUGUCAUGUUGGAGGGAAGGAAGAUUCCAAAUGCAGGUGUGAGCGUGGUUUUACGAGGCUUGGUUGCUGUGAAUAUCUUAAAGAGACUUGGAAUCGAGGGGGAAUUGAGAUCGAUUCCUGAGGGAUGCGAGAUUGAGGGUGUGCUGGAAGCGGAUUGUGCUGCUGGUGAAGAGGCCAAGUACAUACCUCCUGCUCGGGGGCCUGAUGCUUUCAUCAACGAUGUCCAAGGGGAUUACAAGCGGAAGAAUAACGGAAAAGCUCAGAUGCAGGAAAGGAAACAGAGGUAGCAGGUGGAAAAAGAGGCUGACAAGCGUGCAAGAGCUGAAAAGCGUCCCAGAAGGGCUCUCAUAUGAUUCGAUCGACGACGAAGGAAAGAAUGCAAUGAAUGACCGCGCUUUCGACCCGGCA